AUGAUCACUUUCUCUAAUGGCUCUAUGAGUCUCGAUGAUGGUUAUGAUCCUUCAAAAGGUCAAAUCGAGCUUAUUAUUUGUGCUGGGGCUCAAUACUUUUCACUGUUCUGCGUGGAUGGAGCUAAUCCAAAGCUUCAAGAUCAGGUUCUGAGAUCGACAAAAGAACUGGCAAAGAUACUGGACCAUCAGAACAGCUUCGUUGAUCCUGAAAUUGCUUCUAAUCGUCACCUGGUUAAGCGAGUGUCCAACCAAAGAAUAGAACAAAUCCAAGUGGCCCUGACAUGGGCUUUUAAAAAGGCGAAAUGCCUGGCAGGCUUGAUCCUGACCGAGACUUAUCACCGUGAAGAUUCACCAGCGCCAACAUCUGUAACAUCACCUCAACAGACCCCUUCACGUGAAGAGACAGAGAAUUCUUCACCUAUUGAAUCGUACAGCCCCAAAGCUUCAUCUCCUAUCGAAUCGUUUAGCCCAAUGGCGGUUGUGCACUCACCUAUAUCCGAGUUCGAUUCAGGCGGCGUUGUUCCUCCACCUUUUGAUGUGUUCACAACAUCCCUCCAAGAUUUUGACGGGCUAUAUUCCAACCCUGAACGGGAUGUACCAUCUCAUCACCUCUGGUAUCUGCAUAGCGAACCUCAUUCCCCCGCCCUUGAUAUCAUUGGAUCUACCGUGUCUCAAAACCUGGAGCAUGCAUCUCCACUACUGUCCCCCAUCCAUAUCCCCGAACUCUCGUCAUUCGGUGACUUGAGACAAACCCAACCGUCUUCUUUGUUAUUUCGCACGAUUGGUAAAUAUCGAUCUCCGGUUAACGGAAGCUCUCAUCCUGAUUCAUUGUCACCUUUCCCUGGUGCUACACAAAGUGUUUCUCACCUCUCUGCCUUGUGUCACAGAGAUGUAUCUUCUACAUCCGAAGCUGUUUACGGUUCCCCAGAUAACAAUGACGGUUAUCUUCUUCCUAACUCGCCACUGUUCACGCCUGAAGGCUACAGUCGUUCUUCUACCAUUCACAAUGACGGUUAUCUUCUUCGAAACUCGCCAUUGUUCACACCAGAAAGCUCGUUUUCUUCUUCUCAAGAUGGCAAUGGCAGUUAUCAUCUGUUAAACUCACCAUUGUUCACGCCUUGA